AAGACAUUCCCUUAUCUCCUCCUCCUUUUGAAUACGAACCUACUUCUUCAAUUGAAAUCAUUUCUGAAACAGAAUCAGUUACAACCAACAGUUCUAACAGUUUAAAUAGAAAAAAACGAAAUACUGGUGCACGUCAAAAACCUUAUGCAUACAGCCGAAAAGGUGGAAACACAACAAAUCUUAUUGUCCAUUUGCGUGAUAAACACAAAAUCACUAAAGAAAAUUAUUUUCAGUUUUUAGAUAAUUCUAAUCAGCCCCGACGUGAUCAAACUCAAAUUAUAGGAUAUUUAAAAGCAGCAGCUCCAUGCUCACCAAAACGACAGGAACUUAUUACACAAAAGCUUGUAACCUUUAUCAUCAAAUUCAUUCAACCACUAUAUAUUUUACAAAAUCAAUACUUUCGUGAAUUACUCCUUAUCUGUGAGCUGGGUUAUAGAAUUCCAUGUGACAAAACAGUAAAAGCAAUAAUCAAUGAUUCAUUUGUAUGCUUUCUACAAGGUCUGAAGCAGUGUAAAUCAAUACAUCGUCGAGUAAAGUGUUUACAGGCAUUUUUUCGUUUACCAAAACAAGCUCAGAGACUUCGGGAAGCCCAACAAAGCAAUCAGCAAUUACUGGAGGAAAAUGAUUAUAGUAACCCUCUUGAUGUUUUAACUGAUGUUAAAACAAGAUGGAAUUCGACAUACUAUGCAUGGAAGAGAAUAUUAGAAUUACACAAUUCAAUGCGACUCAUUUCUACCACAUUGUUGACAAAACCAGAUCGAGCAUCACAGAAAGAAGGAGAGAAAUUAGAACGACUAUGUUUAUCUCUUGAUGAAAAACAAUUUAUUCAAGAUAUGGUAAACCUUUUAUCACCAUUUGAAAAAGUAACUCGCCGAUUUUGUGGAGCUAAAUAUGUUACUUUAAGUCUUGUUAACCCUUAUAUGGAAUUGUUGAAAAAGACAUUUGCACCUAAGUCUGAAAAUGGAGAAAGUCUUGAUACAUACCUUGAUCUCAUUUAUGGGCCACAAACUGAAGAUAAUAAUGACAAUGAAGAAGAAUCUGACAGUUCAACCAGUGAUGAUGAUGAAAUCCCAUCUGGUGGUUCACGACAACAUUGGCAAUAUUCCCAUCGAACUAGAGGUGCAAUAGAUGACAUAGAUGAUAUUAAUCGUGUUGAAUAUUUACCAGCUGUUAAUACUACUGGCCUUCUUCAAAAAGUUCAAGCAGCUAUUUUUUUAUCAUUAGAUGAAUUAUGGUCAGUUCCAACAGAAUUAGUUCAAAUUGCAACAGUACUUGAUCCCCGAUUCAAAAAUUUCCAAUGGGAUAGAAGUGGUGAGGAAAGAGACAAAUCACAUCAAUUAUUACGGGAAUUAUAUGAUUUUACAAAAGUGGAUUUUGAAUCUAAUAAUAUUCAACAAACAACAACUAUUCACAAUUUACAUACAGCUAAUGAAGAUGACAAUGAUGAUUUUUUUGAAACCUUGGAAAUUGAUCUAAGUUCAUUUGAAGUUGAGAAUGAUGAUGAUGAAGUAUUGA